GGCGUUAAUACAUGUAUACAAAUGCAGUUAGAGUAACAGUUGCACAAUUAAUGCAAUGUUCCUUGUUUCCUUUAUAACGUAUCUCAGCAGGCAGCAGGUGAAGUGAACGAGUUAACAGACACGAAACCCGCGAAGUCCCGGUUCCGUGGAAAAACUCGCGAGUUUUGAACGACUCGGUCAACGCUUGACCAUCACUAGCUUAUUUUGCUGCGAGCUCUCGUGUUACCGUCUGGAUAGUAAAGAUGUUUGUUGCACGCAGCAUUGCAGCAGACCAUAAAGAUCUCAUACAUGAUGUUUCUUAUGAUUUCCACGGACGGAGAAUGGCGACUUGUUCCAGUGACCAAAGUGUGAAGGUCUGGGACAAGAGUGAAAAUGGAGAGUGGCACUGCACAGCCAGCUGGAAGACACACAGUGGAUCAGUGUGGAGAGUGACUUGGGCUCACCCAGAAUUUGGGCAAGUUCUGGCUUCAUGCUCCUUCGACAGGACAGCGGCCGUGUGGGAGGAGAUUGUAGGAGAGUCAAACGACAAACAGAGAGGACUGAGCCACUGGAUCAAAAGAACCACACUUGUGGACAGCAGAACAUCAGUGACGGAUGUGAAGUUUGCUCCUAAACACAUGGGCCUGAUGCUGACCACGUGUUCCGCAGAUGGCGUGGUGAGGAUCUACGAGGCUCCUGAUAUCAUGAACCUGAGUCAGUGGUCCCUGCAGCACGAAAUCUCCUGCAAGCUCAGCUGCAGCUGUAUUUCUUGGAACCCCUCAAGCUCACGCGCCCAUCCACCAAUGUUUGCAGUGGGGAGUGACGACUGCAGCGUGGCAUACGGCGGCAAAGUCCAGAUCUACGAGUACAAUGAAAACACAAGGAAAUACGCUAAAGCCGAGACACUGGUAACCGUCACAGAUGCCGUGCACGACAUUGCGUUUGCUCCAAACCUAGGAAGAUCUUUCCACGUCCUCGCUAUCGCGACCAAAGAUGUUAGAAUCUUCAAGCUGGUGCCAGUCAGGAAGGAGACCACUUCGACAGGUCCCACCAAGUUUGAGGUGCAAAUCGUUGCCCAGUUUGACAACCACAACUCUCAGGUGUGGCGUGUGAGCUGGAACAUCACAGGGACUCUGCUGGCCUCCUCUGGGGACGAUGGAUGUGUGCGCCUCUGGAAAGCCAACUACAUGGACAACUGGAAGUGCACAGGCAUCCUGAAAGGAGAUGGUAGCCCACUGACGGCUUCAUCUGGUCAGCCCACGGCCAUGAGAACCGUGAUUGGUUCCUCGGCUCAGAACGCCCUGAAUGGACUGCCUGCAGGAAGGUAUUUCUUUCCACCUCUGGACCCCCCCAGAGCUGGAAGCAUGCAUGGUCACCUGCUGCCUCCCUCUUCCCUCAUUGAGCCUUGUGAUGCUGAGCCCGGUCAGCAGCAGGCUCUUCUUCCACACAGGCUUUCCUCAAGAUCACUCGUGUCCUUGUCAUCGUCAGAUGGACAUUGAUACUUUAACAGUAAAACACACACACACACACCACUUUUAACAAACAUUUCAUUUUUCUGUUACGUUUGUGUGUGUGUGUGUGUGUGUGUGGUCAUGCAGGCUUCUGAUGUACAACUCGAAGUAUUCCAUAACAAUUCAACAUGAAAAUAAAAAAAAACAAGCAAAAAAUGACUUUUUGGAAAAAUAGAACAAAUCUACAAGGCUUGAUUGUUUGCCUGUUUACAAAAUGGCAAAUAUCAAGAAGUGUUAUGUGAAUGAUGUAAAUGAUCUAAUGUCAAGUUAUGCCAAGCACAUCAUAGUAGUACUACACAUGCUCUUUAAAUCUACAAUUUUUUGUUAUUUCUCCAAUUAUUAAUAAGCAAAACAUACAAAAUAUGUAAUUCUUCUCAAAAGAAAUGAUUCCAAAUACUGCAUAAGUAUAUGUGUAACAUAUAUGUAUAUAUAUAUAUAUAUAUAUUAUAUGUAUUUAUAUGUAAAGCAAAUAGAUAUGUAGAAGUAGAACCUGAAGGUCUACAGUUUGAUCCUUUGCAAUUUUUCGAGACAGGCCAUUUUAGACAAUAUUCGACGUGCAAAUAAAAAACAGCUGCUCUUUGUACGCCCCAUACAAAGAAGAAAGCUCACCGACAUAAUCGGACAUGGUGUGAUAUUUCUUGUGUGAUAAAGAUGAUUGAAAUAAAGGUAUGAAUGCAAAGUUUUGUUGGCAGGUGUCAACUGGCUUAUAUACUGUAUAUUGUGUAUAUUGUAAUAUAUUUGUAUUUGAAUAUAUCUGUAUAUUAAAUGAGAUAUUCAAUGAUUCAAAAAAUAAUUUCUUAUAAAAUAUGUAAUAGUAUUCUCAUGUAUUCAUUUUAAAUAUGUAUCUAAUAAUUAUAUACACUUUAAAUGAUUUACUGUUAUAUACAGUGGUGUGAAAAAGUGUUUGCCCCCUUCUUGAUUUCUUAUUUUUUUGCAUGUUUGCUGCACUUAAAUGUUUCAGAUCAUCAAACAAAUUUAAACAUUAGGCUAUGACAACAGAACACAAAAUGCAGUUUUUAAAUUAAACUUUUUAUUAAGGGGGAAAAAAAUUCCAAACCUACAUUGCCCUGUGUGAAAAAGUGAUCCCACCGUUAAAACAUAAUUGAGGUGAAUUGAGCUCUAUCAGUGUGGAAAAGGUUAUAAAGCCAUUUCUAAAGCAACUUGGGUUGUGCAGCAGGACAAUGAUCCAAAACACACCAGCAAGUCCUCCUCUGAAUGGCUGAAGACUUUGGAGUGGCCUAGUCCAAGUCCUGACCUGAAUCCUAUUGAGAUGCUGUGGCAUGACCUUAAAAAGGCUCUUCAUGCUGGAAAACCCUCCAAUGUGGCUGAAUGACAACAAUCCAGCAAAAUUCCUCCACAGCGCUGUAAGAGACUCAUUGCAAGUUAUGGCAAACACUUGAUUGCAGUUGUCGCUGCUAAGGGGGGCCCAACCAGUUAUUAGCUUUAGGGGGCAAUCACUUUUUCCACACAGGGACAUGUAGCUUUGGAUUGUUUUUCUCCCUUACUAAUAAAAACUUUCAUUUAAAAACUACAACAAGUGUUCAGUUGUGUUGUCACGGACUAAUAUUUACAUUUGUUUGAUGAUCUGAAACAUUUAAGUGUGACAAACAAGAUGAAUGGGCCAAAAUUCCUCCACAGCACUGUAAGAGACUAACUAAAUAACACCCCUAUAGUCACCUUUACACUCCUAUUGCCCAAUAUAGUAGAAAUAAUAAGAAAAUAAGACAUAAAUGAAACUGGUGCUUGUGUGUGUUGUGUUCGGGUGCUGAGGGGGAUGAGUGGGAGGGCAGACAGGAUUGAAGUGAUGUCAGAGGUUCAGAGUUGACU